AUUGAACUGAAUUUUUAACUCUUGGUUUGUUUUUAAAUAAUACUAAUUUCGAUAUGAUGCGUUCGAUUCUCACCCAUAAAGCCAAAGAAUCGUAAUAAAGGCUUGUAAUUUGUGAACAUGACCUCGUACUAUUCUCUCCAUAUUGUUCGACAAAUUACAUAUAAAAUAAAAGAGGAUAUACUAUAGAAGAAUAUGUAAGUUUAAAGCAAAAGCAAGAAAUUAAAGUGUGAAAUAUGACAUGUAUAAAUUUGCAGAAGAAUAUUCCGUGAGUGCACAAUAUAUAUAGAGAUACAAGAAACUAGUGUUUUGGACAUAUAUAUAACAACUAUAAUAUAGAUAUAGGUACAAAAAUGAUGAGUCUUACAAGUAUGGGGAGCAACGGGCGACCAUCGACCGAUGAUAAGGAAGAACACGAAGCUUCAAAAACGGCGAUUGCAACAUAUCAAGAGAGAGAAGAAGAAAUCGAGAGGAGAAAAAUGGAAGUGAAGGAGAGGGUUGAGUCUCAGCUCACCCGUGCCGAGGAAGAGACCAGACGCCUGGCUCAAGUGUGGGAGGAAUUGGAAGUAUUGACUGAUCCAAUGAGGAAGGAAGUUGCCACUGUGCGCAAAAGAAUAGACUUGGCCAACCGAGACCUCAAAUCAAUUGGACAGAUCUGCCAAAAGAAAGAGAAAGAAUAUAAAGAAGCGAUGGAAGCUUUCCAAGAGAAAAACAAUGAAAAGUCUCAAUUGACCACUGCCCUUAUUGAGCUGGUGAAUCAAAGUGAGAAAUUCAGAAUGAGGAAGCUUGAAGAACUCAGCAAGAUUGUAAACUCAAACACAUGAAAUGCACUAUAAUUGGCCUGUUGAUCACAUUCUCUGCAUUAUCUGAUCUCCAUUAAUUAUUAUUCUACUCUUUAUAUAUUCCAAUUUAAUUUUUAAUUUUCGUUUUAUGCAUGUUAAUAACAUAAAAAACAUGUUUUCCUAGCUAUUUAUGCAAGCUAUGGAGUCAAUUUUUCAUUUAAGGGAAAUUGGAGAUACCCCUCAAAACAAGUUUCAUUCGAA